AUGGUUGGCCUCAUUUCCUUUCUCGUCGUCUUCCUUUCCGUCUCCUCCUCUACUGCCAGCACGUGUCGCUGCUUCCCCUCUGACCCAUGCUGGCCCAGUCCCCAACAAUGGGACGACUUCAACACCACCAUCAAUGGCAAACUCAUCGCCACCACUCCCUUGGGUAGCGUCUGCCACACCAACAAUACCUUCACGACCUACUCUGAGUCUGCCUGCGCCUCCCUUCGCUCCAUCUGGGACUACCCAUCCACCCACUACACCACUUCCUCCUCCCCCAUGGCCCCUUGGUUCACCAACUUCUCUUGCAACCCGUUCCUCGCUGACAUCGCUCCCUGCGCCAUCGGACCUUUGGUCCGCUACGCGGUCAACGCCACCUCAGCCACGGACUACCAACAAACCCUCAACUUCACCCAAACCCACAACAUCCGCCUCGUCAUCCGCAACACCGGACACGACUACCUCGGCAAAUCCACCGGCGCGGGGGCCCUCGCUCUGUGGACCCACCACCUCAAGGACAUCGAAAUUAUAUCCAACUACACCUCAGCAAGCUACACCGGCCCCGCUAUCAAGGUAGGCGCUGGGGUACAGUUCUUCGAAGCCAUGGCCGCUGCCCAUGAGGAGAACUUUGUCCUGGUAGGCGGAAACUGUCAAUCUGUCGGCUACGCAGGCGGAUAUACUCAAGGCGGAGGACACGGGCAACUGGCGUCAAAGUUUGGACUCGCGGCGGAUCAGGUGUUGGAGUGGGAGGUUGUGACUGCGGAUGGGGAGCUGCUGACUGCGUCACCGGCGCAGAAUGCAGAUUUGUAUUGGGCGUUGUGUGGAGGUGGAGGGGGGACGUAUGGGGUUGUGUUGUCCAUGACGAGUAAGGUGUAUCCGGAGUUGAGGACCACGACGGCCAAUUUGACCUUUAGUGCGGAGGGGGUGACGAGGAGUGUGUAUUGGGGGGUGGUGGAGAGGUUUGUCAAGGGAUUGUUACCCCUCACAGAUGCAGGGGGCGUGGCGAUCUGGGAGGCCACGAAUGCUUCGUUUACUGUCACGCCGGUGACGAUACCCGGGGGAACAAAGCGACAGUUGGAGGCGUGGUUGGCGCCGACGAUUAAGUUGCUGAGGGGGUAUAACAUGUCGUAUACAUAUAACAUUGGUGAAUUCCCCACCUUCUGGGAAAGUUAUGCGGCCAUGAACCCGAUGAGCAAUGUCACCGAGGCACAGAUCGGAGGACGGAUGAUUCCUCGGACAACGGUGGAGAACAACUCCAGCGCGCUGAUAGCCGCGUUCAGGACCAUAGCUGAUUACGGCGCUGCGAUCUCGGGCGUCUCGAUGAAUGCCUCACGGAACGCGGUCCCGGAUAAUGCAGUCAAUCCAGCGUGGAGGGAUAUUGCAAUUGAUAUUGUCUUGGGGACUACAUUCGACUACUACAACCGCACCGCUGACCUGCAGAAUCAACGCCUCAUGACCAACGUUCUCAUUCCCCUCCUGACAGCAUUAACCCCCGAUAGCGGAGCCUACCUCAACGAAGCCGACAUUCACCAACCGAACUGGCAAUGGGUAUUCUAUAGGAAUAACUAUGCCACUUUGUCUGCCAUCAAGGACAAGUACGAUCCAAACCAGGUAUUCUAUGCCCGCACCGGGGUGGGAAGUGAGCGGUGGACGGAAUUGAAAGAUGGAAGGUUAUGUCAGGUCAAUAGGUCUUCUAUCUAGACAAUGGUCAGUCCUUAUUAUAU